AGCCCUGGAGCAGGGCUCAGGCCGAGUGGGCCCCCCCCUUGGCGCUCCGCCGCGGGGCGCGCUGUCCCCCCCGGGGCCUGGCGCCGGGGCUCCCUUUGCACAGCUGAUGGAACGCACCUGACAUCCGACCCCGGAGCAGUCCGCAGGGCUGCUUGAUGUCCAGUGUGGCGGCCUCCGCGCACACCAGGGCGGCGAUCGUGUGCAGGGUGUGCGUGGCCCUGGCCGCGCUGCUCCUGCUCUCGGUCCUGGUGGCCAGCCUGCAGUCCGGGGGCGCGCGGCACCUCCACAGGGGCUCUGCCGUGGGCGUGCCGAUUGGCGCCCGCGGCUACGUGAGCGCGCACUCGCUGGAGGGCGGCUGGGGACAGAGCGGCCUGAUCUGGGCGCCCGUCGGCUCCACCCCGCGUCGGCGGCCAGCUACGGUCGGGUCGCCUUCGGCCGUGGAGGAGCGCUCCCGUCCCCGGACAUCUCGGCGCACUUUGCGACGAGACUGGAGGGCAUCAGCGGCAUCGACCACGUCGCAAGGGUGACAGGAGGCCUGCUUUUCUGGGUUCGUAUUGCCAGC